AUAGUGCAAUGUAUAUAUAUAUGUCGCGUGGUUGGACCAAACCAUUACAAACCCAGAACAUCUUGAUGAUCAUAAACUAUUAAGUUUCAUAUCAAAGUUCUCUCUUUCCGAGGAACAUAUUCUUCUUGGUGCAUUUUGCAAAUGGGGUUUCUAGAAUGCUUCACUGCUUGUAGCAAACCAGCAAAGGAGAAACUUGUGCCCAAGAAGACAGUUCAUCUCAGGGUGAAAUGUGAUUGUAAAGGUUGUGUAAGAAAGGUUACAGAUGCUGUGGAGGGCUUGGAAGGGGUGGAAUCAUUUGAUGUGAACCAAAAGCAACAGAGGGUAACUGUGACUGGUUAUGUGGAUUCAGAGGAGGUUCUGGAACAAGUGAGGAACACAGGAAAAACAGCAAACAUUUGGCCAUUUGUACCCUACAAUUUAGUGACAUUUCCUUAUGUGAAAGGGGCAUAUGAUAUUAAGGCACCAUCUGGUUUUGUCAGAAGUGUCCCUGAUGCAAUGGGUGACCCUAAGUCUCCAGAGAUGAAGCUUAUGAGGCUCUUUGAUGAUGAUAACCCAGAUGCGUGUUCAAUCAUGUAAAGCAAAUGUUGUGUUCAUAUGUUUUUUUUUCUUUUUUUUUUUCUCUUUUUCCUUCCCUUAUGUUCAAAGAUUAUGUUUAGAUCAGUGGUAGAGAAUGAAAUGAAUGAUAGAUCAUAAUGUAACGAGAUGAGAUAAAUAAUUAGAAUCGAAAAAAAUGAAAAUGUUAUUAUGUUGUCUUUGAAUGU